AUCAGAAAGCGUCUUAGCUAACUCCCCGCCCUCAAGUUACUAUUGACCGCCCCAGUGACUGUGGCCCUGAGGUUUCGGGCAGGGGUCAGUCAGUGAGGAGUUGGUCUGUCACACACAAUGGUCUGGUGGAGAGCUAGCUCGGCCGAUAUUGAUGUGAAUCCGGACCUGGCCAGUGAGAGGGCCGCCCCGUCCUUCUGUGUGGAGUCCCUCACUAACCUGCUGGAUGGCUCUGUGGAGAAAACACGCGUGAGGAGAUAUGUGGUUAGCACCAUCCUCAAAGAUCCAGUUUUCAGCAAAGAAAAUCACUAUUUUAAAACGCGCCAGGAGCGAUACGAAGGGGCCAUACGCAAUAGUUUUCAUCUGAAGCAGAAAAUUAAGGAACUGGGUUGGAGGGAAGAUGGACCAGAAGGUGAAGUUAUUUACAGGGCCAUGGGAGGAGAACUUGCCCUGAACAUCCACGGCGUCUUCAUAAAAUCUAUUUUGGCACUGGGGACAGAUGAACAGGUUGCCAAAUGGAUUCCUCUAGCAAAUAAUUGCAAUAUAUUGGGAACAUAUGCGCAAACCGAACUUGGACAUGUGGGCAAGACUUGCACACAUGCCGUGGUUCUGGCCCAUUUGAUCAUCAAAGAGAAGAAUUAUGGGAUGCACCCCUUUAUAGUACAGGUCCGAAGUCUGAAGGAUCAUUCACCGAUGCCAGGAAUAACAGUUGGGGACAUUGGGCCAAAAAUGUGUUUUGAACAAAUAGAUAAUGGCUUUCUCAUGAUGAGGAAUAUCUGUGUUCCAAAGGAGAACAUGCUGAGCAGAUACUCUGAGGUUCUGCCUGAUGGAACGUAUGUGAAACGAGGCUCUGAUAAGAUUAAUUAUUUCACCAUGGUCGCUGUGAGGGUGUCGAUGUUACGUGCUGAGGUGCUGGAGGCACUGAUGAAAGCCUGUACCAUUUCCAUAAGAUACUCUGCAGUUCGCCGGCAGUCAGAGCUGAAGCCUGGGGAUAGGGAGCCAAAAAUACUUGAGUACCAAACCCAGCAACAGAAGCUGCUUCCCCUUCUAGCAACUUGCUACGCCAUUCAUUUUACCACCUGUCAUGUCAACAAAGUAUACGAUGAGGUGUACGGAGCAAUUCAAGCUGGGAAUUUUGACUCCCUUCCUGAGCUCCAUGCACUGGUUUCAGGAAUUAAAGCAUAUGCCACAGAGAUAUGCUCUAAUGGAAUCGAAGUGUGCAGAAAGGCUUGUGGGGGUCAUGGCUACUCCCUAUUUAGUGGCCUUCCCUCCCUCUACACUAAGGUGACUGCGUCCUGUACCUACGAGGGAGAAAAUACUGUUCUGCAUCUUCAGGCUGCAAGGUUUUUGAUCAAAUGUUAUGCUGCAGCCAGGUCUGGCCAGUCCCUUCCUCACAGUGUGGCUUAUCUGUCUUCUCCGAUCUCAGGAGCGUGCCAAGCUUCAAGCCACACACAUUUCCUAAAUCCUGAUGUGUAUAUAAAGGCCUAUCAGCACAGGGCCUACAGGCUCAUUGAUUCUGCUGCCUUUAAGAUGCGCAACCUGGUUCAGUCUGGAAUGGAACAAUACGCUGCCUGGAACAGCACAUCCGUGGAGCUUGUAAAGGCCUCAAUAGCUCAUACGCAUUACAUUAUUGUGAAGCUGUUUGCUGAUGUAUUGGACUCCUUAUCAAGUUUUCCUGAAAUCCAGAAAGUACUAAAGAGCCUCUGUGACCUUCAUGCACUACAUGGAAUAUUCACCAACUCUGGUGAUUUCCUCCAGGAUGGGCAUCUGUCUGGCAAGCAGCUGGAGAUGCUCACUGAGGCAUACCUGGGCCUCCUGUCACUUAUACGGAGAGAUGCUGUUUUGCUGGUUGAUGCUUUCGAUUAUGCGGAUCAGCAGCUUCUGUCAGCUCUUGGCAGUUAUGAUGGGAACGUGUAUUACAAUCUCCUUGAGUGCGCUCAGAAAAACCCAGAUAAUAAGAAGGUGAAUGCUGUCUUUGAGAAUUACCUGAAACCACAUUUACAAAGUAAUAUAUCAAAACUAUAAAGAGAACCUCGCCCUGCUGUUCUUAUUGCCUAACAUUUAAAGCACUGGGCCCCGGGAGUGUUGCCAUAAUUAUGAUGUCAAACAGCUAAUAGUAAUAAUAAUAAUAAGCCUUAUCCUGCAUCUUUUAUUUGCACUUACACUGCUCAGGUAUAAUAGCCUAGCUGGGUUAGAUGCCUGGCCACAAAAUGCAUAGAAAACAUUGGAGGUGGUAGAUCCCAAUGGGCUCUGGCAAGGAAAUACAGCCCUCAGCAUCCAUCCCACUUCAGCCUUUGUUAUGUGAUUUUACAAGAAUAAUGUUUUUUAUUUUUUAAAUUUUUAUGGUUAUAGAAUGAUUGUAAAAAAAAAACAAAACGGCUGCAGUUAUAUAAAAUGUCAAUAAAUCUGCUGUUUUCAUUGGC